GGGGCUUUGUCUUUCCCAUUUGAGUUUGAGUUUUGUGUUUGCUUUCAUUCCAUGGCCGCGCCAAUGCUCGGAGGCAUCAAGGACUUGCCAGAGAACGAGAACAGCGCUGAGAUCGAUGAUCUCGCUCGCUUCGCUGUACAGGAGCACAAUAAGAAGCAGAACACUCUUCUUGAGUUUAUGAAAGUUAAGAGGGCGAGAGUGCAAGUGGUUGCAGGCAAUAUGUAUUACUUAGACGUCGAAGUGAACAAUGGCGGGAAGAAGGAGGUCUACGAGGCCAAGAUUUGGGUCAAGCUCUGGGAGAAUUUCAAGGAACUGCAGGAAUUCAAGCCUGUGGGAGACUCCUCUUCUUGAACCAUCUGGUAAUGAAGUAUAUGGGAAGCAAGGAAAUCUUUAAUGCUAUGAAGGACCGCUAAAUAAAUCUUGUGAUUUUGCUUAUUAUUGUUGUUGUUAUUAUUAGUGUGUGUAUGAAGGAUCAUAUUGCUAAAUAAAGCAAACUUGGGAUGGUUCAAGUGGAAAAAUUCUUGUGAGACGAACACAAGCUCUGCUUUCCUGUCACAAUGUUGAUAGUGUUUUAUGAAUCUGUGAUUUUCAUCUGCUUGCAGAUAAAGCUACAUUUGCAAAUUAAAUGAUGAUCUUGUUCAGUGUGACAAUUAUAUA